AUGGUACUUCUACAUGGAAAACUAGUUGUAGCAGGUGAUAUGACCGUUGGUAAAACAGCCAUAUGUCAUGUUGCUGGUAACGAUGCAGCAUCGUAUCCCAAAACGUACAACUGUACAAAUUUAGCUGAUCUUGUGCUUAAACAGAUUCGUGUACCAGAUAGUGAUGACGUGGUGGAAUUCUUCCUAUUCGAUAGUUCGGGCAAUUCUGUUUAUCUGGAAUCUUUAAGAGAUGUGUGGACAACGAUGGAUAUGUAUUGCAUUGUGUACGAUGUGACGAAUCGUAGUUCAUUCAAAAAUUGUGCUAUGUGGCUUGAGCAAUUAAGCCAAGCUCGUGGUGAUCAUAAUAUAUUUGGAGUUUUGAUUGGUAAUAAAAUUGACAAAGAAAACUCUCGAGUUGUCACUACACAAGAAGGCAAACAACUGGCUAAUAGUCGAAAGAUGGGAUUCUUCGAAUGUUCUGCUAAGGAUAACAAGGGUAUAAGUGAAAUUUUCAAAUAUCUUGCAAGCGAAUUUACUAGUCGGUACCGUGCACGCAUUCGAGCAUUGGAAAAAAUGGCUCGUGACAACUACUAG